CUGCAAGAAAAAUAAAUGGCGUUGUUUCUUGCUGCUCUUUAUAGCAUAUUACAUUCUAUAGCACUUACUGCUAUUCUAGCAACACCUGAAACAGCGAAACAUAAACUAGAGUGUGUUGCCAUAAGUGACCCAGAUUCUAGUUUCAAUCGGCAUUUGUGUGAGAAAGCCGGGCUAUUAGCUUGUCCCGUUACUAGGCCUGUUUUAAGUCCAGAUUCAGCCAUCUUGCGCAAUGCGCCUAACCGUGAGCAAUGCCUCCAGACUUUACUGGGUUUAUACGCAGCUAUAGGUUGUCAUGGAAAUGUCCAUAGGGAUACACAUAUAUACUUCCCCAAGGCCAGUGGUCUCGCGGUAGCUUACGUAUGCCCAAAUAUUUGUAAGCAGCUAUGGAAAGCCUGUUCACCACGUGCAACACUUGAGUUUGCCGAUAUACUCGCUGACGAAGAGUCUAAAUGGGCCUGCAAAAGCAUAGCACUAAACAACAGUGCUGUCCAGAUUAGGGAAUCCAAUGACGGCAACUGUCUAUCUAAGAUUAUAAGCCUGUCUGAAGCGGACGUGGCCGAGAUAAAUUGGUUACUUGGCGGUAAGGUCAACUGGCAUUUCAUCAAGCUCAAGGGCUAUGCAUUUGGAAUCAUUAUCAUCAUCGCACUGCUCGCUAUAGGAACUGUGUUCACAAAGCUGGGCUAUUUACAACGCCAAAGACGCGAGUUGGAGCGCCAAUUGAACGAAAAGGAAUCUGAGCAAUUCCUGGAGCUUAACGUCAACAUGUACUAGUGCGCGCCCUGGUAUGGGGAAGCGC